CUACUGGACACCCCCGGGCUCUUCCCCAGGAUCUUAUUUCCCCCCCCUCCCAAAGCGCUUCAUCCCUCUGAAGUCCCGCGAUCAGCUGUCACCCGUAGCUCAGGGUGACCCCGAAGGACCACCCAGCCUUGGCGAGGGAGAAACUUCUCACAGGUACCCAGGUGCAGUGAUUUCCCAAAGGAUUGAAGGCAUAAAAGAUAGAAGCCCUGGCUCCCAGACCCCGCAGCUUGUGUCAAGCUGCCUUCUACAGUGAAAGAUGGCCAAAUCCACUCUGAAAGGGGAUGGGGGUAACUCUGAGACUUUUCGGCAGCGUUUCAGAAAGUUCCAUUAUCAGGAGGUGGCUGGGCCCCGUGAAGCUUUCAGUCAACUCUGGGAAUUAUGCUGUAGAUGGUUAAGGCCAGAGGUUCGCACCAAGGAACAAAUACUAGAGAUACUGGUACUGGAGCAAUUCCUGACUGUCCUACCUGGGGAGAUUCAGACCUGGGUACAGGAUCAUUGUCCAGAGAGUGGAGAAGAAGCUGUGACCUUGGCAGAAGAAUUGGAGAAAGAGCCUAAAAGACCAGAGUGCCGGGUCACUGUCCCUGUGAAAGGCCAGGAAGUUAGACCUGAGAAGAUGGCACCCCUAAGAUCACCUCUGGAGUUACUAAGUGUUCGGCAAGAAGCUGUGGAGUCCCAGCCCAAGGUUGUGGCCAAGAAAGAAGGGGCUGGUUGCCCAGAACCAGGACCACAAGAACAACUUAACCUAAAGGAAAAGCUCAGACUUCAUCAAAGGACUGGAUUUCCUUUCCCCAAAUCUGGCAUGGUUUCUGGGACAGAGAGAAGAGAACCAUGGGUCCCAGAUCUGGGUUCCAAGGAGAGGGAACUCUCAAGAAGCAGUCACACAGGUGACAAACGAAUGCACUCUGAUCUUUUGCCAUCAAGGAGGGAAAGAAAAAACUGGGGAGACCAGGAGCAGUGGGGCUUUGAGGAUGAAAAGGUAGCUGGUGUGCACUGGGGGUAUGAAGAAACCAGAACUCUACUUGCAAUUCUAAGUCAGACUGAGUUUUAUGAAGCCCUUCGGAACUGUCACCGUAAUAGCCAAGUGUAUGGAGCAGUUGCUGAGAGACUGAGGGAAUAUGGCUUCCUACGAACACUUGAACAAUGUCGGACCAAGUUUAAAGGCCUCCAGAAAAGUUACCGUAAAGUCAAGGGUGGCCAUCCGCCUGAGACCUGCCCCUUCUUUGAAGAGAUGGAAGCCUUGAUGAGUGCCCAGGUCAUUGCUUUGCCCAGCAAUGGCAUGGAGGAGGAGGCAGCAGCUCACCCUGGCCUGGUAGCCAGUGAUGCCGAAACAGAAGACCAGGAACAUGGGGCCUGGCAGCAAGAGGAGGCAGCAGAAGAAGCCACAGUGGAAGAUUCUGAUGGUGAUGAAACAGGCCCCCAGGAGUCUGGGAGCCCCAGUGCGCCAGUCCUUUUCCGAAGCCCAAGUGGUGUACACUGGGGCUAUGAAGAGACCAAGACUUAUCUUGCAAUCCUUAGUGAAACUCAGUUUUACGAAGCUCUACGGAACUGUCAUCGUAACAGUCAAUUGUAUGGGGCAGUGGCUGAACGAUUAUGGGAAUAUGGUUUCCUCAGGACACCAGAACAGUGUCGGACUAAAUUUAAAAGCCUCCAAACCAGCUAUCGGAAAGUUAAGAGUGGUCAUGCCCCAGAGACUUGCCCCUUCUUUGAGGAGAUGGAUGCCUUGGUGAGUACCCGGGCUGCUGCCCCACCUAGUGAUGGUCUGGAGGAGGAGGCAGGACCUCAUUCUGGCUUGGUGGCCAGUGAUGGUGAAACAGAAGAGCAAGACCAGGAGGGCUGGCAGCAGGGAGAGGCAGCUGAGGAAGUCAUGGCCACAGCAGAAGACUCAGAGGGUGAAGAAGUGGGUGCUGAGGAGGCACCUCGAAGUUCUGGGAGCCCUGGUGCUCCAGUGCUGUUUCAAAGCCCAAGGGGUUUUGAGGCUGGAUUUGAGAACAAGCAGAACACAAAACGGGAUAUUUCUGAGGAAGUAGAACUGCAUCGAACAUUACUUGCAAGAUCUGAAAGGAAAAUUCCUCAUCGUUUUAAUCAGGGAAAAGACAGCGACAGUGAUUGCAAGUCAGGAAGGCAAUGGGCAAAGUCCCCAGUGGAGAGAAGAGGAAAACUGACACCCCCAGAAAAGGGAUUAGGGAAAAUACUAAGUCAUCAAAAACCUUUCUUAGGAGAUAGACCCUAUAAAUACCUUAGGUAUGGAAAAAGCUUUGGUCCAAAUUCACACCUUCUCAUGCAUCAGAUACCCCACCAGAUAGAGAAUCCAUAUAAGUGUGGAGAUUGUGGGAAAAGUUUCAGUCGAAGUGCACGCCUCAUUAGACACAGAAGGAUACACACUGGAGAGAAACCAUAUAAAUGUCUUGACUGUGGAAAAAGUUUCCGUGACAGUUCAAACUUUAUCACUCAUCGAAGGAUUCACACAGGAGAGAAACCCUACCAGUGUGGUGAGUGUGGAAAACGAUUCAAUCAGAGUUCAAGUCUUAUCAUACAUCAGAGAACCCAUACUGGAGAAAAGCCCUAUCAAUGUGAAGAGUGUGGAAAAAGCUUCAAUAAUAGUUCUCACUUUAGUGCACACAGACGAAUCCACACAGGAGAGAGACCCCAUGUGUGUCCUGAUUGUGGGAAAAGCUUCAGUAAAAGCUCUGACUUAAGGGCACAUCACAGAACCCACACAGGAGAGAAGCCCUAUGGAUGUCAUGAAUGUGGGAAAUGUUUCAGCAAAAGUUCAGCCCUUAAUAAACACCGAGAAAUCCACACAAGAGAAAAGUUAUCACAGUCAGAACCUAAGUAAAAACCUGAGAAUCUGCAAAGAGCUUUUAUAAAUGUAUUAUUUGGGAAAACAUGUUCUAGUAGAGAUCCUAUCUAAUAGAGUUGCCCACCUGGCUUAGGAAAUGCCCUUUAGGUUUACCCCUCUGUGGUGCUCCUUACUGUAAUUUUCUGAGUCUGAAGCCACAAUGCCAAGGCAAUAAGAUCUAAGGAACAAAGGUCAGAAGAUCUAGACCCCAUCAUAGCCCUGCUUCUGACUUGACAAAGUUCCUUGCCCCUUCUCAGUGCCUAUGUCAUUCCUUCAAUACAGUGGAGAAGAUCCUGUGAAUUAAACUUGGCUCUCAUCCUGUCAUUUUGCUGUAUUUCUGACUGGAAACAUUUCAGCAGCAUCACAGGGAAAAGAUGUUAUGGAUUUAUCUCAUGAUUCUAAGUUUCCACCCAUAUGACACAAUGAAAAUACUGAAAGGAAUGAUUCUUCUUGUUCACAUAAAACUGUACUCAGAAUGAUGGAACUGGAUUUACUCUCCCCUUUCCUUUACCCUUAAUGAAGAAUUUAUUUAGUGUUCCUCUUAGUCAUGUCCUACAAAUUGUCUUGUUAAGAAUCUAGGUGUUGUUUUGGGGGAAGAUGUUACAAAACUUGUGUAAAUUUGAAGUGUCAAUUAUGGAUAACUAUUGCUCAGUUUGCUUUAACCCCUAGAUGGUUCUGAGUAGAAAGAAAAUUCCUGUAUUUCUAGUACCUAGUUUCUUACUUCCCUUCUAUCCCACUUCUGUAUUUCAAUGGUCCCUUCUAGCCCCAAAGAGCAAGCCAGCUGGGCAGAGGGUAGGAAGGAGCAUUAAUAGGGAUUUCCCCUGGUAUUCAGUUCACCUAGUACAGUGUUAUGCACCCUGUGGACGUUCAAUACUUCUUGACUAAUGAGCAGAAGACAUUUAGUAUGUUGCUAUUUACUGGGAACAGAAUCCACUAGUGCCACUAGCCCUCAAAUCUGAUAGAAAAUAAAGUAUCUUUGCCAGAUUGGUGGAGUUGCCAAUCUGUAUUCAGAAUAAAAAAAUGUACGUGGAAUAUGAUGCACUUAAGAAUAAGUCUGUUUACUGCUUCUUAUCAAAUAGUAUUAAAUUAAUUGCCCAAGUGUGCAUAAUACUGUGGUGGGCCCUAUAUAAAACAUGGUAAACAGAGCUGGACCUUAUCCUUUGGGAGCCUACAGUCUAAAAGUAGGUGACUUUGACACAGAUAUCAGGUAAUAAUCAAAUACACAUACACAGCAUAUAGCAGAUACUAAAUAGUUUAAGACAUAAAACUAGAAGGUUACGUAUUUACAAGUUUGGUGCAUUGUAAUGAAGUAUCAGGAAAGGUGCUGAUUCCAUUUAAUGAGUUACCAGAUAGUCUUGAAGGGAAUAAGAGGGAAAAAAUUCCUACAGUAGAAGCAGUUCAUGAGAAGGUAGAAGCUUGUGAGUGGAAAAAGUCUCUAAAAACUGGAAAGCAGAGUGUUUGGUGUGGGUAGAGCAAAGAAAAAUAGCUGGACUGUAGGGACAUAAAGGGGUGAUUCAGCUGUCAGGGGUACUUAAAACCAGAAUAUAGGGAACUUGACACCACUGAAGGGUUUUAAAACUCUGUUUAGAAGAAAUGACCUUAACUGAAACUUGAAGAUAUGCCAGAGUAUGCCAGAGGCAGAGAAACCAGAGGUGCAAUAAUCUAUCGGAGUAUCACUGAAGAUUGAUGGCUUCCAGUAUAUAAUAAGAAUGAGCCUAUUUGUGACUACAUGGGAAACCAAGAAAUCAGGAAUUAAGAGUUGAUUCUAAGGUACCUUAGUGAGUGAGAAAGGAUGCCUAACCAAUACAGUUGAGAAGAAAGAUAGAUAUAGGGGACUGAGGAUGGUGGAGAAUUUAUGUGGAAAGAUGAGCAGCUAUGUUUUCCUCACACUUAGCAGUGAGCUAAAAAUUCAAUGAAUUGUCCCAUAGUUGGAGUCAGAAAAGUGGCUAGGUUGUGAGGUGUUGGUAGAUGAAGAUAAUAUAUAAGAUUUUGAAGGUUCUGAUGGGGAAAGAAUACUGAGAUUCUAGAACACACUUUUAUUAGGAAUCAUAGACUGUCACCUCUCUUCCAUAGAUAUUAAAUAAGCAGUAAAAGGUGUAAGAAAACCAGCCUAAAACUGCCUUAAAGCCAAGCUCUGAGAUGGUAUAGAGUGUGUGAUCAAUAAUUCUAAAAAUCUGUUUACUGUCUUUAGCAUAUUCAUGUAAGGUCUUGUGGAAAUAUCAUGGGAAUGGGGUACAAAAAGACAUGAAUUCUAGUCUCUAAUGUCUUAUGUGUGUAAGUCAAACUGCCUCAUUUUCUCUAUCUGUAAAACAGAAAAAUGUUUACACCUUAUGCUGCCUCUCAGGGAUGCCUGUGAAUAAAUGAGAUGAUGUCUAUAAAA